AUCCCAUAGAAAAAGGAAUAUCCGAUUGGGUAUCGCUCUCCAAAGUGUUAUGCUUCGUCAACAGAGGGCUUUCCUAAAUCACGCAGGUGAGCGUUUACAUUAGUAUCUACACACUACAGAAAAAUAAAAUUGACGGCAUGUUUAGAUUACUGGUCAAAACAGCCGCGGCUGUUGCUGAGCACAUACCUUGCCAUAAACGAACUCCAAGCCCCCAUUUACAGGCCAAAAGGGAUUAUAAGGAAAUCAGGGAGCAUCUUGAUCUGGGUCCAGGUCAGCUACCUCCUCCAGAGAUUACUGCUGCUUUAUCAGAAGAAGAAGCUGAUGUUCCUGUAAGUUCAUCGCCAAGAAUCAGACUCAGUGAUGGAAGGUACCUUGCUUACACAGAGAGAGGAGUUCCUAAGCACAUAUCAAAAUUCAAGAUUGUUAUUAUUCAUGGGUUUGGAAGCUCCAAAGAAAUGACGUUCCUAGUACCACAGGAGUUGAUAGAAGAGUUGGGGAUAUAUUUUGUGCUAUUUGAUCGGGCUGGGUACGGAGAAAGUGAUCCUAACCCAAAGCGCUCAGUGAAGACUGAAGCACUUGACAUUCAAGAACUGGCUGACCAAUUACAGAUAGGAUCAAAGUUUUAUGUAAUUGGAGUCUCAAUGGGAUCCUACCCUACCUGGAGUUGCCUCAGAUAUAUACCAGACAGGCUUGCAGGUGUAGCUUUUGUGGUCCCAGUGAUAAACUAUAAAUGGCGUUCGCUUCCUAAAAGUCUUACGAAGGAAGACUACAGGAGGAGGCUCGUUCAGUUGGCACUCUGGUUUUCAAAAUAUGCACCUGGAUUACUGCAAUGGUGGGUCACUCAGAAAUGGAUCCCUUCAAGUCCAGCGCUACAAAGAAACCCUUUUUUCUUUAAUGAUAAUGACAUAGAAGUGUUGAAGAAGACACCAGGUUUCCCAAUGCUCUCUCGGGAUAAAUUAGGAGAGCGAGGUGUUUUUGAUACUCUUCGUGGUGACUUCAUUACCGGUUUUGAUAACUGGGACUUUGACCCAGUGGAUCUUAGCAAUCCAUUCACUGAUAAUGAAAGCUCUGUUCAUAUCUGGCAAGGCUACGAGGAUAAAGUUGUUCCUUUUCAACUUCAAAGGUUUAUCACAGGAAAGCUACCCUGGAUUAAGUAUCAUGAAGUCCCUGAUGGAGGACAUUUGAUUGUGCACUACGACGGUAUUUGUGAGGCCAUUUUAAGGGCUCUUUUGCUAGGAGAAGAAUCCCCAUUGUAUAGACCAAAGACAACUGUAAAUAUACCAUAGAUUCAUCAUUCCUUGUGUUCUAUUUCCAUCAUUCAAUGUGUUGAUCAUGUAAAAUAGAUUGGUUUUUGGGGGAUGAAGCUGUUGUCUUUGCAUUGAAUUCAUUGUUCAAAUGUUGGAAUUGUAUGUAAUUCAUUCUUUCUUUA